UUCCCCGCGGCCGGCCGGGCCCGGCGUGGGGGCGGGGCGGGGUGCGGAGCGCGCAUGCGCCGCAGCGCCAGCGUUCUCCCCGGAUCGUGCGGGGCCUGAGCCUCUCCGCCGGCGCAGGCUCCGCUCGCGCCAGCUUGCUCCCGCCGCCAUGUCUGCCACCGUCGAGCGGGAGUUUGAGGAGUUGGAUGCUGAGAAUCGCUGGCAGCAGCUGUACUUGGAAAUUCGCAAUGAGUCCCAUGACUAUCCUCAUAGAGUGGCCAAGUUUCCAGAAAACAGAAAUCGAAACAGAUACAGAGAUGUAAGCCCAUAUGAUCACAGUCGUGUUAAACUGCAAAAUGCUGAAAAUGAUUAUAUUAAUGCCAGUUUAGUUGACAUAGAAGAGGCGAAAAGGAGUUACAUCUUAACACAGGGUCCACUUCCUAAUACAGGUUGCCAUUUCUGGCUCAUGGUUUGGCAGCAAAAGACCAAGGCAGUUGUCAUGCUAAACCGAGUUGUGGAGAAGGAAUCGGUUAAAUGUGCACAGUACUGGCCAACAAAAGAUGACCGAGAGAUGCUAUUUAAAGAAACAGGAUUCAGUGUGAAGUUCUUGUCAGAAGAUGUGAAGUCAUAUUAUACAGUACAUCUACUGCAGUUAGAAAAUAUCAAUAGUGGUGAAACCAGAACAAUAUCUCACUUUCAUUAUACUACCUGGCCAGAUUUUGGAGUCCCUGAAUCACCAGCUUCAUUUCUCAAUUUCUUAUUUAAAGUGAGAGAAUCUGGUUCCCUGAAUCCUGAACAUGGGCCUGCAGUGAUCCACUGUAGUGCAGGCAUUGGGCGGUCAGGCACCUUUUCUCUAGUAGAUACCUGUCUUGUUCUGAUGGAAAAAGGAGAUGAUAUUAACAUUAAACAACUGUUACUGAAUAUGAGAAAAUAUCGAAUGGGACUUAUUCAGACACCAGACCAACUCAGAUUCUCAUAUAUGACUAUAAUAGAAGGAGCAAAAUUUAUAAAGGGAGAUUCAAAUAUACAGAAACGGUGGAAAGAACUCUCUAAGGAAGACUUAUGUCCUGCUUUUGAUCAUUCACCAACCAAAAUAAUGACUGAAAAAUACAAUGGGAAUAGGAUAGGCCUAGAAGAAGAAAAACUGACAGGUGACAGAUACACAGGACUAUCCUCUAAAAUGCAGGAUACCAUGGAGGAGAACAGCGAGAGCAUUCUACGGAAACGUAUUCGAGAGGACAGAAAAGCUAACACGGCUCAGAAGGUGCAGCAGAUGAAACAGAGGCUAAAUGAGACUGAACGAAAAAGGAAAAGUUUUCCCAAAUUUAAAAAGAAAAACAAACAAACAAAAAUUUUCCCUAAAAAUAUCUUUGAAGGAAAAUUCUCUUUACUGGCAUAGUCAGGCCAAGAUUGACAGACACCUAAAUAUUCAUGACUUGAGAAUAUUCUGCAGCUAUAAAUUUUGAACCAUUGAUGUGCAAAGCAAGACCUGAAGCCCACUCCGGAAACUAAAGUGAGGCUUGAUAAACCUGUAGAUUGCCUCACAUUUGUCUGUUUACAGAGUAAACUUUACAUCCAGGGAAAGAAGAGCACCACCAGCAGAAGACUUUGCAGAACCCUCUAAUUUGAUGUAUUGUUAAGUUUUUUUAAUGUGUGUAUCAAAUGUAGAAAGAUGUAAAAGAAAUAAAUUAGGAGAGACUACUUUGUAUUGUACUGCCAUUCCUACUGUAUUUUUAUACUUUUUGGCAGCAUUAAAUAUUUUUAUUAAAUAGACUAUGUUGGUUUGUGUGCCUUA